AUGAACGCGAAAUUGCCAAGGCUUGAGCUGGUCAAGUUCAGUGGGCGACGGCAUGAGUGGCAGCCUUUCUGGGAGUUGUUCGAACAGGUGGUGCACAACAACGAUCAACUUUCCACACUGGAUAAGUUCCACUACCUGAGGGCAUCUCUCACAGGUGAUGCAGCUGCGGUGCUUACCGGCCUACCCCCAAAGUCCCGGUGCUACAACGACGCGAAGCAGCUUCUGAGAAAACGCUUCGGAAACGAAGAGCUUCUAAUCCAGGAGCACAUGAAGAAGCUCAUCGACGUUACACGUGUGCGCGCUUCGGACGAUGUGCGCGGACUUCGGCGUCUCUACGACACUGUGUCAGCGCGUAUCAGGGGACUCGAGACUCUCGGCCGGAAGCUCGACAGCUUCAGCUCCAUGCUGCUGCCCAUCGUGCAACGAGCGAUGCCGAAAGAGAUCCUGUUGGACUUCAGCCGUAAGUGCGUAGUGGAGACAGGCGGCCCAACUGACGAUCAGCAGGCUACCUCAGACGGCUCAUCGCUGACGACGGAGGAAGGAGACAGAGCCGCCCCCAAGGAGAGCACGAAGGAACGCAAGAGCUUGGGUACGCAAGCCGCUUGA